UUCUCACCUGGAUGUUUGUUUACAUCAUCUGUGAUUUUAAAGUAAUUUUAUACUUAAAUCAACAUCACUCGCCUGUUCGUGUUGCCAACGGAACUCCAGAUAAACAGUAGAAGGCUUGUUCAUUAUCCUUCAGGUUCCCAUUCCAACAGCAACACCAUUCUGCCAUGUGUGGUAUUUGCUGUGUAUGCAGUAACGCACAAGACAGUGUGGACUGGAAGGACUUUAUUGAGAAGAGUUCCAGAGUAGGGAGAAGGGGCCCUGAUUGUAAUAGCUCUAGUCACAUUGAUGUUGGCUGUAGGGGCAAACAACUCUUCUUACAAGGUCAUGUCCUUCACCUCAGAGGUCAGCUUACUCCACAGCCAUUGCAGGAUCACAAUGGCAAUACACUUCUCUGGAAUGGGGAAAUAUUUGGAGGACUAGAAAUAGGAGACGGAGAAAAUGACACCCAAGUAUUGUUAAGGGAGCUGUCUGGUUCUGUUAAUCCAAGCCACAUACUGUCCACUAUGGCCAAGGUCCAAGGUCCAUGGGCGUUCAUCUACUGGGAGGAAAAGACUAAAUGUUUAUGGUUUGGACGAGACAUGUUUGGGAGACGGAGCCUUCUUUGGCAUCUCCCACAAAACAGGAAGGAACCUUUCAUCCUAUCGUCCACCCAGGUGGGAGACCAGGAAUUUCAAGAAAUCCCUUCAGUUGGAAUUUACUGUCUACAUUUCAAUGAAGUCCCUACUGAGGGCUGUGACCUCCAAAUCCACCUUUAUCAACGGGAAGAUAGUGUUUGGCCGGGAACACUGGAGAGAGUAGACAAUGGUCAAAUUUUCCAGGACAGAUUAUGGAGUAGUCAGUCUGAAAUGUCUCCUGUGAAGUUUUCCUUAGACACAGACUUAAAAUUUCCCUCACAAAUGCCAAAGUUGAACAAGGCAUUACCAAGUAUGGACAGUGACCUAGAAAAGUGUUCCGAUGGUCUCAAAACUAAACUGUCCGGAUCAGAAUCGACUGGUGGCCAUCUUAAAACUAAACUGUCAGGAUCAGAAUCGAUUGGUGACCAUCAGAAAUAUGUAGAGAAAUUGAUUCAAAGUGAUGAAGUGAUAAACACACUAGCUGACCAGUUGAUAGAUGUCCUUCAACAAGCGGUCAAGAAGAGGAUUUAUAAUCAACCAUACCUUACUCUGGACUCUCGAAGGUCAGCUGACUGUACAUCAGGGGUCAAAAGGUCACCAUGUUCUCAGUGUAAACCUCAUCCUCCCAGGAAAUCAGAUGAUUUGGGGACCGGAAAACUUCCUGUAACAGAUGAAGAAUCUAGGAGAGAAAAUAUUUCAUUUGGAGGAGAGGAUAAUCAUGUAGCUGAAACACAUAUCGAUUCUACUAGAGAAGAAGAUCAUGCAAAAGUAGCCAUUUUGUUUUCUGGGGGAAUAGACUCUGCUGUGAUCACUGCUUUAGCAGAUAG